GCAUAAACAAAAAACCUAAAACCCUAGUUUAAUAACGCUACGCAGAGAGCUAGUAAUCAAAGCUGAUAGAUUUCUUAUUAAACCUCCGAACCCAGAUCAGUCUCUCUAUGCGACCAAGGAAAUGGGAAAAGGAACAGGGAGCUUUGGGAAGAGGAGGAACAAGACCCACACGCUGUGCGUGCGAUGCGGACGCAGAAGCUUCCACCUCCAGAAGAGUCGCUGCGCCGCCUGUGCUUAUCCCGCAAGCCGCGUCAGAAAAUAUAACUGGAGUGUGAAGGCUAUCCGCAGAAAGACCACUGGAACUGGCCGUAUGAGGUACCUCCGUCAUGUGCCACGCAGGUUCAAGACUAACUUUAGAGAAGGUACUCAAGCAACCCCAAGGAAGAAGGGAACAACCGCAGCCCCUUAAAGUUUAGAAGGGCAAUAUUAUAUUUUUUAUUUUAUAUUAUUUUCCUUAAUUCUCAAACCAGAAACAAAACCUAUAAAA